AUGUGGCGGGUGUGGGAGGAUCUUAGUGAAACCCACACCGGGGCCUGUGGGGACACAGCUGCUGUGUUUGACUUCAGCAUCAUGUCUUACAACAUCCUGGCUCAAGAUCUGCUAGAAGCAAAUCCACAGCUGUACACACACUGUCCAGAGGAAGUGUUAGUGUGGGACCAGCGACUCCGGACCAUCCUGAAGGAGCUCCAGAUCUGGGAACCUGACAUUAUUUGUCUUCAGGAAGUUCAAGAAGAUCACUUCCUAGAGCAGAUCUAUCCUGUCCUGACUGACAUGG